UGACAAUUUUACUGGGGUACAGACGUAAUUUUCACUGAACACACGCAUCUCUCCACCUAUUUCUACGUUUCCCUCCCCAUGCUCCUCUAGACUCCUACGAUCUCUCCUCGCCGGCGACUACCAGAGAGAGGUGGACGACCAUCAUCAAACGCUGUCGUAUAAACAAUUCUAUACCCAUGGACGCAAAUUCAGCAGAAUUUGAAGCGAUUUUGAAGGAAAUAGAGCGUGCUAAUAGCAGUAGCACAAGCUACACCAAAAACGACGAUCAAGAAUGGAAAACAGUAUCGUAUAAGAAAUCAAGACGUAAACCCACUAAUAAAGCUCCUGAAAAUUACCCCGAUCACGGCUCCGGAAACGGUAACAUUUUCCGGUCGAUCGAACAACAAUCGGAGGAUCGUCGACGAAGAGUAGUUGAAUCUCAAAAGGCUGCCGCCGCUGCCAUUGAUGCAGCAGCUGAUGAUGCUCCUCUCCGCGCCGGUGAUGAUGGCGACGAAGACGGCAGUGAUGUGGAUAACUUGGCCGGACCGGAGAGCGGGAAGGGGGAGGUGAAGAAGAGUAAACCUAAGAAAUUGAAAAAACGUAAAGUUACUGUUGCGGAGGCUGCAUCGAAGAUUAAUGAUUCUGAUCUGGCCGUUUUUCUUGUUGAUAUAACGGAAUCGUAUGAAUCACAACCAGACAUACGGCUAAUGAGGUUCGCCGACUAUUUUGGUCGAGCAUUUGCUUCCGUGAACGCGUCUCAGUUCCCAUGGAUGAAAACUCUCAAGGAGGCUUCCGUCGAGAAGAUGAUUGAUAUCCCUUUAUCACAUAUUUCUGAAGAUGUUUAUAGGACAUCAGCAGACUGGCUUAACCACCAACCUGUAGAUGCUCUUGGGUCCUUCGUUGUGUGGUCCUUAGAUAACAUACUUGCAGACCUGGCUCUCCAUCAAGGGGGUAUCAAGGGUUCAAAGAAGGCGGUUCACCAAGAACCUUCAAAAUCUCAGGUUGCCAUAUUUGUGGUUCUAGCAAUGGUACUAAGGCGUAAGCCUGAUGUUUUAAUCGGCCUUCUUCCAAUAAUAAAAGAGAGUUCUAAAUAUCAAGGGCAAGAUAAGCUUCCAGUCCUAUUGUGGACUAUCACACAGGCUUGUCAAGGGGACCUGGUUGUGGGGCUUUUCAUGUGGGUGCAUUUGCUCUUGCCAUUAGUCAACAGUAAAUCAGGUGGUAAUCCUCAAUCCAGAGACCUUAUUUUGCAGUUGGUUGAGAGGAUUGUAUCUUCUCCAAAAGCUGGUACAAUUUUAGUCAAUGGUGCUGUAAGAAAGGGGGAGCGUGUGGUCCCACCUUCAGCUCUUGAGCUUCUUAUGAGAGCUACCUUCCCUUCUCCUUCAUCUCGUGUCAAGGCAACUGAGAGAUUUGAAGCAGUCUAUCCCCUUUUGAAGGAGGUUGCUCUUGCUGUUGCCCCUGGAAGUAAAGCUAUGAAGCAACUUACACACCAGUUGUUACCUAUUGCUGCAAAAGCUGCUGCUCAAGGCAACUCUGCUAUGGCAAGUGAAGCUGGCGACAUAUUCCUAUGGUGUUUGACUCAAAACCCAGACUGUUAUAAACAAUGGGAUGACAUUUAUCUCGAUAGCCUUCAAGCUAGUAUUGUUGUUCUAAGAAAGCUGUCUGAUGAGUGGAAGAUUUACUCGGUUAAACAUUCGAAUCUUGAACCUUUAAAAGCAACCUUGAAGAGUUUUAGAGAUAAGAAUGAGAAGGCAUUAGCUAGUGGAAGUAGUGUCAGCGAAGCAUCGGUGAAAGAUGCAGACAAGUAUUCCAAGAUGAUAUUGUCCAAAUUCUCACGUGGGAAUCAUUGCUUGAAGGCUACAGCAUUCCUCACUAUUACAAUGGCAGUGGGUGUAGCCUUUAUUAUCAAAGACCCUACAGUCUGGAAAUUGAAACAACUCGCUGAUUUUGACUUUUCUCAUACUUUUACUUCCCUCUCUCAUUAAAGACAGGGGCAGGGGCAGGGGCAUAGAGGUAAAUAGGUAAAGGUGAAGUUGACCUAAUAUAAAAAUUAAAAUAAUUAAAUGGGUAAAUGGGCCUGUAUUAGGACCCUGUAUCCAGUUUACAAAGACAUAUAUAGAUAUACAAGUAUAAGGUAUACCCAGAACUCGGCU